AUGGAGAAGCCCUCGCCAGUGCAGCUGCUGGAAAUGUUGAAGAAUUUGGGAGAAGAGGAGCUGAAGCUUUUCCACUUUUACCUGCAGUAUGAACCUGGAGCUGACUUCCCUAAAAUCCAUAAGUGCCAGCUGGAGAAUGCAGACAGACUGAAAACAGUAGAAGUGAUGGUGCAGGUGUAUUCAGACCGUGUGAUGGAGGUGGCAAAGUUGAUUUUAGGAAGGCUGACAGGAGCAGCCAAUCAGAUACCUCCACAGUGUGUUGGCAGAGUGACAGAGAUCAGAGGGUUCACUGACCCACAGAAGGAGGAGUACUUCAGGAAGAGAUUCAGAGAUGAGGAGCAGAGUGCUGUGAACAAGGCCUUACAGAGUCCAAAUGGACACCUGGACUUGUUCCUCCGCUUCCUCCUUGGCCUUUCAUUGCAGAACAAUCAGAUUCUCCUACGAGGUCUGCUGACACAGACAGAAAGGAGAUCACAGACCAAUCAGGAAACAAUCCAGUAUAUCAAGGCAAGGCUCCAUGAAAAUCUGUCUGCAGAGAAAAGCAUCAAUCUGCUCCACUGUCUGAACGAACUGAAUGAUCAUUCUUUAGUGGAGGAGAUCCAGCAGGGCAGGAGUUCAGGAAGUCUCUCCACAGGUAAAUUGUCUCCUGCUCAGUGCUCAGCUCUGACCUUCAUCUUACUGUCAUCAGAAGAUCUGGAUGAGUUUGACUUCAAGAAAUAUUCAGCUUCAGAGGAGGCUCUUCUGAGAAUGCUGCCAGUGGUCAAAACCUCUAAAAAAGCUCUGCUGAGCAACUGUAACCUGUCAGAAAAAGGCAUUGAAAUUCUGUUGCCAGUCGUCAGCUCCCAGUCCUGUAGUCUGAGAGAGCUUGACCUGAGUACCAACAGCCUGAAGGCUUCAGCAGUAAAGCUUCUGUCUGCUGCAGUGGAGAAUCCACACACCAAACUGAAUAUUCUGAGACUGAAUGGAUGUAACGUCUCAGAGAGAAGCUGUGAAGAUCUGUCCUCAGUUCUCAGUUCCCAGUUCUCUAGUCUGAGAGAGCUUGACCUGAGUAACUGUGACCUGCAGGAUUCGGGAGUAAAGCUUCUGUCUGCUAGACUAAAGAAUUCACAGUGUGCAGUGGAAACUCUCAGAAAGAUGAUGAAAGAUCCUUCAUCAGCAGAGGAGGAGCUUUUCAAGGUGCGGUCAGCUUUUGUUUGGAGGGUGUCAACAGAACUCCUUAAACAGCUCCUUGAGGCCCUUGUAAGUGAUGGUGUUUUAAAUGAAUUGGAGAAAGAAUCGAUACUGGAGAAGAACCCUGUCAGAGCAGAUAAGGCACGCUGCUUCAUUGACACAGUGAAGAAGAAAGGGGACAAAGCCUGCAGGAUAAUGAUCAGACAUCUUCAGACUGUAGAUCUCUCUCUUUUCUCUCAGCUACGUUUAUACUCUGAUCUGUCUGCUCAGCAAGAGACUCUUCAAAAUUGUCGGCAUCAUCUUCAAUCCAAGCUGAAGAAGAAGUUCCAGUGUGUGUUUGAGGGAAUCGCUAAAGCAGGAAACCCAACCCUCCUGAAUAAGAUCUACACAGAGCUCUACAUCACAGAGGGAGGGACUGCAGAGGUCAAUGAUGAACAUGAGGUCAGACAGAUUGAAACAGCAUCCAGGAAACCAGACAGACCAGAAACAAUAAUCAGACAAGAAGACAUCUUUAAAGACUUACCUGGAAGAGAUGAACCAAUCAGAACAGUGCUGACAAAGGGAGUGGCUGGCAUUGGAAAAACAGUCUUAACACAGAAAUACACCCUGGACUGGGCUGAAGACAAAGCCAACCAGGACAUCCAGUUCAUAUUUCCAUUCACUUUCAGAGAGCUGAAUGUGCUGAAAGAGGAAAAGUUCAGCUUGGUAGAACUUGUUCAUCACUUCUUUACUGAAACCAAAGAAGCAGGAAUCUGCAGCUUGGAAGACUUCCAGGUUGUGUUCAUCUUUGAUGGUCUGGAUGAGUGUCGACUUCCUCUGGACUUCCACAAAACUACAAUCCUAACUGACCCUAGAAAGUCCACCUCAGUUGAUGUGCUGCUCAUAAACCUCAUCAGGGGGGAACUCCUUCCUUUUGCUCGCCUCUGGAUAACCACACGACCUGCAGCAGCUGACCAGAUCCCUCCGAAGUGUGUUUCUAUGGUGACAGAGAUCAGAGGGUUUACUGACCCACAGAAGGAGGAGUACUUCAGAAAGAGAUUCAGAGAUGAAGAGCAGGCCAGCAGGAUCAUCUCCCACAUCACGACGUCACGAAGCCUCCACAUCAUGUGCCACAUCCCAGUCUUCUGCUGGAUCACUGCUACAGUUCUGGAGGAUGUGCUGGAAACCAGAGAGGGAGGACAGCUGCCCAAGACCCUGACUGAGAUGUACAUCCACUUCCUGGUGGUUCAGGCCAAAGUGAAGAAGGUCAAGUAUGAUGGAGGAGCUGAGACAGAUCCACACUGGAGUCCAGAGAGCAGGGAGAUGAUUGAGUCUCUGGGAAAACUGGCUUUUGAUCAGCUGCAGAAAGGAAACCUGAUCUUCUAUGAAUCAGACCUGACAGAGUGUGGCAUCGAUAUCAGAGCAGCCUCAGUGUACUCAGGAGUGUUCACACAGAUCUUUAAAGAGGAGAGAGGACUGUACCAGGACAAGGUGUUCUGCUUCAUCCAUCUGAGUGUUCAGGAGUUUCUGGCUGCUCUUCAUGUCCAUCUGACCUUCAUCAACUCUGGACUCAAUCUGCUGGAAGAACAACAAACAACCUCUACGUGGUCCAAAUUAUCUAAAAAUCAAAAAGCAGUAGUAUCUGCAGAGUACUAUUUCUACCAGAGUGCUGUGGAAAAGGCCUUACAGAGUCCAAAUGGACACCUGGACUUGUUCCUCCGCUUCCUUCUGGGUCUUUCACUGCAGGCCAAUCAGAGUCUGCUACGAGGACUGAUGACACAGAUAGGAAGUAGCUCACAGAUCAAUCAGGAAACAGUAGUGUACAUCAAGAAGAAGCUCAGUCAUAAUCUGUCUGCAGAGAAAAGCAUCAAUCUGUUCCACUGUCUGAAUGAACUGAAUGAUCAUUCUCUAGUGGAGGAGAUCCAAGAGUCCCUGAGAUCAGGAAGUCUCUCCACAGAUGAACUGUCUCCUGCUCAGUGGUCAGCUCUGGUCUUCAUCUUACUGUCAUCAGAAAAAGAUCUGGAUGAGUUUGACCUGAAGAAAUAUUCUGCUUCAGAGGAGGCUCUUCUGAGGCUGCUGCCAGUGGUCAAAGCCUCCAACAAAGCUCUGUUGAGCAGCUGUAACCUGUCAGAGAGAGGCUGUGAACGUUUGUUAUCACUGAUCAGCUCCCAGUCCUGUAGUCUGAGAGAGCUGGACCUAAGUACCAACAGCCUGAAGCAUUCAGCAGUAAAGCUUCUGUCUAAUGCAGUGGAGAGUCCGCACGCCAAACUGAAUAUUCUGAGACUGAGUGGCUGUAACCUCUCAGAGACAAGCUGUGAAGCUCUGUCCUCAGUUCCCACUUCUCAGUCCUCUAAUCUGAGAAAGCUCGACCUGAGUAAUUCUGACCUGCAGGAUUCCGCAGUGAAGCUUAUUUCUGCUGGACUAAAGAGGUCACAUUGUACAGUGGAAACUCUCAGGGUGGAGCCUGCUGGAGAACAAUGGUUGAGACCAGGUCUGAAGAAGUAUUCCUGUCAACUCACAAUCGACGCAAACACAGUACACACAAACCUCCAACUGUCUGACAACAACAGGAAGGUGACACGUGUAGAGGCGGUUCAGUCAUAUCCUGAUCAUCCAGACAGAUUUGAUGUUCGUCAGCUGCUGUGUAGAAAUGGUCUGACUGGUCGCUGUUACUGGGAGGUCGAGUGGAGAGGAUACGUUUAUAUAUCAGUGAGUUACAGAAGAAUCAGAAGGAAAGGACGCAGCGAUGACUGUUGGUUUGGACACAAUAAUCAGUCCUGGAGUCUGAACUGCUCUUAUGAAGAUCCUCAUUCAAUCUGGCACAAUAACAGACAAACAUGGAUCUCCUCCUCCUCCUCCUCCUCCUCUGUCUCUAACAGAGCAGCAGUGUAUGUGGACUGUCCUGCUGGCACUCUGUCCUUCUACAGAGUCUCCUCUGACACUCUGAUUCACCUCCACACCUUCAACACCACAUUCACUGAAACUCUUUAUCCUGGGUUUUGGGUGGGUACUCAGUCCUCAGUGUCCCUGUGCUGAGUUGAGUGUAAAGAGUGUCCUCCUGUUAGAGUCUGUACAUGUCUGUCUCUUUCUCCCAGAAACGCAUUUUCAGAUUCAUGGAUUCAAUCAGUUGAUGUUUUAAACUGUUCUAAAUGAUUCCUUGUAAACUUCUUCCUCUUCAUUCCUUUAAAGAUGGAAGCUCCCAUUAUUCAAGGAUCCACAUGUUGUUUUUCUGUCUUUUUUCCACUCAAAGCUUCACAGUGAAUAUCAGUAUGUUGUGUUUCUCUGAAGCUCAGUUCACAACCAGCUCCUCUGCAUUUUCAACAAGUCUGAGCUCAUUAAAAUGAAUCCAAAUGUUUGAUUUUUCUUUCUUA